AUGAACCUUUACCUCACCAAAGUUUUUGUUUUAAGUGCGUUCCACAAAUUUCAAAUACCGACAGACAGCUCGAUAGAUAAACUUAUUUUGGGUCUUAUCAAUGUCGGGCAAUUUGGUGUAUUGGAACACGAAAGACACCUGAGCUUAUAUACUGUCCAGCUAAGUCAACCAUGGCGAGAUAAGCCAAUAUUUUCCAUUGUGGUUUUGGUAGCAUUGCUUUCCUUAGCUUGUACUAAGGAAGACUCCACAUAUACAACCAAAUAUGACAAUGUAGAUUUGGCAGAUUUAGUGAAAAACGAUAGAUUAUUGAAAAACUAUGUUGAUUGCCUUUUGGAAAAAGCCAGCUGUACCCCAGAUGGUCUCGAAUUGAGAAAGAAUAUGCCAGACGCCAUAGAAACCGAUUGCAGUAAAUGUUCCGAAAAACAAAGAGAAGGUUCUGAUUACAUAAUCAAAUUUCUAAUCGAUAAUAAACCUGAUUAUUGGACUCUUCUGGAAGAAAAAUAUGAUCCUACAGGAAGUUAUAAAGCUAAAUAUUUGUCAGAUAAAAAAAUGUCAAUGGAGUAGAAUAACAUUUGAAGUUUUUUUUUAAUAUUUUGUAGUUAUUCUUAAAUAAAGCACUCGC